CGCGACCGCUAGCUACUCCGAUCGGAUCCUGACCACGCCCGCCUACCAGGCCACCACCACCACCACCACCCACAAAUCCCCAAUGGCGAGGCGCAUCGCCGUGGCGGCAGCGUUCCUGGCGCUGGCCGUGGUGGCUCCCGCCGCGCUGGCGCAGGCUCCCGGGCCCGCGGCGACGCCUAGCGGGCCGCCGAACGUGACGGCGAUCCUGGAGAAGGGCGGGCAGUUCACCAUGUUCAUGCGGCUGAUGAAGGAGACGCAGCAGGACACGCAGCUGAACAGCCAGCUGAACAGCUCGUACGCCAGCAGCGGCGGCGGGUACACGGUGUUCGCGCCCACCGACAACGCCUUCAACAACCUCAAGCCCGGCACGCUCAACUCGCUGACGCAGCAGCAGCAGGUGGCGCUGGUGCAGGGCCACGUCCUGCCCCAGUUCUACAGCAUGGACUCCUUCCAGACCGCCAGCAACCCCGUCCGCACCCAGGCCUCCGGCCGCGACGGGCCCUACACGCUCAACAUCACCGCCACCGCCAACAACCAGGUCAACGUCUCCUCGGGCGUCGCCGAGGUCACCAUCAACAACGCGCUCAGCGCCGUCAAGCCCCUCGCCGUCUACUCCGUCGACAAGGUGCUCCUGCCCCUGGAGCUGUUCGGGGCCAAGGCGCCCGCCGCCGCGCCCGCCGCGUCCCAGGGGAAGCCCAAGAAGGGCGGGUCCUCGGACGCUCCCUCCGGGUCGGCCGGUUCCGACGACGCCGCGCCCACGGGCGCCGCCGGCGCCAGGGUCGUCGGCUGGAGCUUCGCCGGCCUCGCCGCCGUCCUUGGCUGUCUGUUGUGAGAGUGAGACCGUGCGUCGUUUCUAGGGACGGACGGACGACAAGCUAGUUGAAGAUGAGAAUGCUAUGCCCGGGUUCCCUUCCCCUUCUUUCUCUCUGUUUAUUUAAACUUCUUUCAUCUCGCUAGUUUCUUUAAUUUGUACUAUUGGUGGUUUGUAAGAUUGGCUUAUGUGAUUCAAUUUAUGCGCCUGCCGCUGUUGAUACUGC